AUGCCCUCUCCGUCUGCGCUCCGAACACUUCAGCGGCGGGCUUGCGCCGUUCGCAGCUCGCCAAGUUGCAAGCGCUACGCCUCCCACGGCCACGGCCCCCACUACAACGAGCCCACUGGCUACUUCCUCAGCGAGAAGCCCCUCCCUGCUGGGCAGAAGCGCAAGAAGGAGUCUUGGGAGAACGUGUGGUAUAUUGGAAUGUACGGCUCCAUGGGUGUCGCCGCUGUCUUGCUCUACUACAAGCCCGACACAAGUAUCAAGAGCUGGGCUUUGGAAGAAGCCAAGGCCCGCAUGGAGGCGCGAGGCGAGAAGCCCUGA